GCUAUGGGAUAACGCAUUCGACCCUCUCAGCCAGUCUCCAGAAUGGUAACCCCAGCCUGUGCGUGUGCGUUGCUACAGCGCUGUUAUCUGUAGUCUUCCCAAAGUUUCAUUUAAGGUCAUUUUUCUUCUCGAUCCGCAUUUACAAGGGACAGGUGUUUUGCUUUCUAUCCAUCUGCAAUUGACUCGAGCACGAGGCCAGCCACAAUGGCAUCGGAUAUCACGUCUAGUCCUCGGCGCUCCGCGUUCAAUUCAAGUGCUUAAACUUAAGCUUCGAGGCACUUGUAUAAAAAACCCUGUGCACCACCCACGUUCCCACAUCACAGACGUUUAUCCUGUCACCCACCACCAAUACGAAUGUCAGACCCAAUCCUCGGUCUCCUGAAAACCAAAGCCUCUGAGGCAUUCAAACAAGGCGAUUUUACCACCGCCCGAUCGCUUUAUUCGCAUUCAGUCGAUAUCGAUCCUCAGGACGAUACUCACCCCUUAAAUCGCUCUUUGAUGAAUUUGCGACUCACAAGAUGGUCGGAUGCCGAAGAAGACGCAACUAAAGCGCUAGCGCUCUGCCAAUGCACGAAGAACGACCACAAACAAAAGGCUUACUACAGGAGAUGCCAGGCCAGACGAGAGAUGGGCGAUAUCGUCGGUGCCCAAAAUGAUCUCAAAGCCUUUGCGUCCACGGGAGGCGCCAGAGAUCUUGUAGAUGCCGAACAAAAGAAGAUCGAUAGCUCUAUCACCACUCCGCAGCUGGUCCCCGCGCAUCAGUCUCUUUUACUCGAAAGCAAGUCUGCGCCAUCCGAACGAACGUACUUCAUCGACGACGCCGGCAACAAAGGUCUCGGGGCAUUCGCAGCCAGAGACAUCCACCGAGGAGAUCUCAUCCUCACCGAAAAACCGCUCCUCCCUUUUCCCCACAACUCGCCUUCCAGGACAGAACUCCGCCUCGCCAUGGAUAACCUCUCCCCAACGGAUCUUUUGGUUUUCCUUUCCCUGAAAAACACGCGUCCCGACCGCGGAGACACCAUCGACGGCAUAUACAAAACCAACGCAUUCGCCAACGGCGGGAUCGUCAUCGAAGCAUCGCGUUUCAACCAUUCGUGCCGGCCAAACGCACGCUACUCGUACCACGAGGCGACCAACCGCCAGCGGAUUUUCGCCCUCACGUACAUCCCAGAAGGGGAGGAAAUAUUUGUGUCCUACCUCGCCAGCAGGAACGUAUACGGCGCUACGCGUAAUCAGAGACAGGCGGCGUUGCGCGCUAAGCAGAACUUUCUAUGUUCGUGUGCAGCCUGUGGUCUCGAUCGCCAGCUGUCCCUGGAAAGCGACAGGCGCCGGACGGAGAUCAGAUCCAUCUGGGAUCGAAUGCCGACGUUCAAUCCGCGUACCGAUGGCCGUGCAUAUCUCCAAAUCGUCGUCAGGGCAAUCAACCUGAUGAAAGAGGAGGGAUAUUGGGCGGACGCGGAUGAUUUCGCCAACGAGGCGGCCGCACUCUGUUCUAUGCACGCCGAUUGGGAGUCUGCGAAGUAUUGGCAUGGGAUCGUUUAUGAGACUAGAGUGGCGGAGUUUGGAAAGGAUAGCGCUCACACGUUCAAGGCUCGUAGGGAUUUUGAGGAUCCCCGUUCGAUUGAUCAUCCCUAUGCGGGAGUGUUCCACGGGCAAACGUUCGCUGAUAUUCGUUUGUAAAAAAACGAUGUGUUGUUUUUUUUGCUUGCAGUAGAAGGUCCUUCCGUCGUAUGUUUAGCUACCAAUUAUGCCACAGGAUUCCAUCAAG